AUGGCGGACGGAGACGAGCCGGAAACAGAGAACGUGCGCGUGGCCGUGCGCAUCAGGCCCUUGAACUCUGCCGAACUCGAAAAUCAGGCGCGAGCCGUUGCUCACAAAACAGCAAAUGAGCCACAUAUCACGCUUGGGGAGAGGCACCAGUUCACCUUUGACGAUGUCUUCCCCAUGUCAGCAAAUCAGCACACCAUCUUCUCGUCAUGCGUGCAAGAGCUGGUUGACAAGGCCAUCCAAGGCAGAAACGCCACCGUCCUCGCAUAUGGCCAAACUGGGUCUGGCAAGACGUACACCAUGGGCACGGGCUGUGACAUAGGUGUCUCGGACGACCUCGUCGGCAUCUUGCCUCGCGUGGCAACCUACCUCUUUCAUCAAAUCGACACCCUCACACACGAAGCACGCUCCUCCGGUGUCAUGGAGCCUGAAUUCAAGGUCACCAUCUCGUUCCUGGAGCUGUACCAGGGCAAGUUCUACGACCUCUUCGACAACACGCCUGGUCUGCGGCAGGAGGCGCCCGUGCGCGUGCGCGAUGAGCGGACGGAGGACGGCACCGUGACCAUCCACAUCAGCGGAGUGUCGCACUGCGAUGUGACGCGGCGAGAGGACGUGAUGGACUUGCUCCGGCGCGGAUCACUGGACCGCGUCACCGCAUCCACAGAUAUGAACGAGCGGUCAUCUCGAUCACAUGCCAUCUUCACCAUCUGGAUCACACACCGAAGGCACAUCUCCCAGGCCAUGCGCGAGGUGACAUACAACGACGGGAGCGGCGCAAGCCAGGUCCCCGGCGCGACAGAGACCGUCACAACAACUUCAAAGUUCAACUUUGUCGACUUGGCGGGAUCUGAGCGACUGAAGCGGACGCACGCGACUGGCGAGCGAGCAAAGGAGGGCAUUGACAUCAACUCGGGCCUGCUUGCCCUGGGUAACGUCAUCAGCGCUCUUGGCGACCCAACACGCCGCGGCAGCCACGUGCCAUACCGCAGCAACAAGCUGACACGGAUUCUGCAAGACUCGCUCGGCGGGAACAGCAAGACGCUGAUGAUUGCAUGCAUUUCGCCUGCCGACAAUGACCUCAUGGAGACACUCAACACCCUCAAAUACGCAAACCGCGCUCGCAACAUCCAGAACAAGGUUGUGAUCAACCAAGACAGCGCCUCGCGGGAGAUCCAGUUCCUGCGCGAGCAAAUCCACAAGAUGAACAUGGAGUUGAUGGAGUACCGCCAGGGCCGGCGGCCGGUGAAUCCCGACUCUGAGGAGGCGGAGGACAUGUUCAAGGAACUGCACGACCUGCGGGAGCGAAACAGGGCGCUGACAUCGCAGAACACAGAGCUGAAGGAGCAGCUCACACAGUUCAAGCGGGAGACUGUGGCCACUCAGGCCGUACGUACAACGACCGCCCUCAACACCAGCGGCACCGGUAGUGCUGGCGGCGGUGGCGGUCAUGUGUUGUCGUCGCAACAGAACGUCGAGCAUCGCCCGCCAACGGCAACCAUCGUCCGACCGUGGACGGCAACAUCCAUGUUUGACAUCAACUCCAUCAACCUCUCUCGUCCAGGGACAUCAGACACCAACUCAGACGUGCGUACACACCACGAAGUCCUUGGUAGUGCAUGUGUACAUGUGUUCAUGUGUUCAUGUGCACAUGUCCAGAGCCUGCAGGUGAUGAAGGAGCUGGAGGAGACAUACGGGCUCAGCUUCGAUGAGCAAGGCGGUGACGGCGGUGCAGAGGAGGAGCAGGAGAAUGUUGUUGGUGACGAGGGGGAGAGCGCUCAGCCGGCCCCAAGCAAGCAGAGGGUGCUGCGACACAGAGGAGAGGGCAAUGAUGACGAGGAAGACGAUGAAGACGAUGAAGACGAUGAAGACGAUGAUGAAGGUGGCGAAAGUGACGAAGACAGCGUCGUUGAUGACAGUUCGACCAUCUACGACCGCUUCCUCAACGGCGGCGACGAUGACGAGGAGGAGGAGGAUGAGGAGGACGAGGAGGACGAGGAUGAGGAUGCUGAUGAUGGGGGUGUCGCUGAGCCCAAAUCGGCCUGGGAGGAAGGCAGCGAGGUUGAGGAUGAAGGCGACAUUGUGACUGCUGCGGCUGCCGCUGCCGGCGACGGCGAUGACGAAGCAGAAGACGGGGGCGUGCAGGAUGUAGGGAGCGCCACGGAAACACCAACAGCGUCAUCAGCGGCCAGCAGAAGUGGCAGCAGGAAAGGCAAGGACACGGACGAGGAAAGCGCCAAGCGAACAGAGCUCAUGGUCAAGUACCGCGAAAUGAUGCAAGAGCUCGGGACGCGCAUCGUCCUGCACGAGAACCUGCUGAAACAUCUGGAGGCGGCACAGAACGAAAUCCAGAAGCAGAAGGAGCUGUACGAGCGGCGGCUGCUGCAGGAGAAACAGGAGCGCGACAAGGUGCUGGCGGAGCGUGAGACGCUGCGCCGCCGCCUCAAGGAGAUGGAGGGGCACGCGAGCGAGGAGAACACGGUGGAGCGCACACGCCACCAGCGAAGGCUGCAGGAGUUGCAAUCGAAGCUGUCAGGCAUGGAGAAGGAGCGAGCCAGGCAGCAGCGCGCAGAGAAGGACAGGCAGCGCGCCGUGGCGCAGAUUGAUGCGCUGAAACGCAGCAUCCGCGACGCAAAGGCGGAGCGAAAGCGGCUGGUGGAGCAGGCGCAGGCGGAGAUGAAGAAGAGCAGAGCCAGGGCCGUGCGGCACAACAGGGAGGUGGUGCAGCUCAAGCGCAACCUGGACAAGGAGCGCACAGACGCCAGCAAGUGGGAGCGCAUGCUGCGGAACAAGGAAGCGAGGAUGGCCCGCAUCACGGAGGAGAACCAGAAGCUCAAGCAGUCCAUGAAGGACAACCAGCACCAGAUCCAGGACCUGCGCCAACAGCUCAUGCAGGCGCGCAUGCAGCGACGGGAGCCGCACCGCGCCAUCGCCUCCUCCCCGGCGGCAUCAAAGCACACGGCGGCAUCCUCCGUCGGGCGGUCAGCAAAGGUGGAGGCCGAGCGGAAGCGGGCCAAGCUGGAGCAGGAGGUGACGAGCGCAGUGCUGUACCAGACGGUCAGGUCGAAGAUUGAGGCGCUGGUGCAGCGGCGCGACGAGGACCUGGCCAAGGAGAAGCAGGCCCUGCUGGAGGAGGCGAAGACGAUCAAGCGCACGGCUGGCGAGGCCAAAGACGAUGGCGCCAAUCGCAUCGAGACGGAGAUGAAUCUGCUCACGGAGGAGAUCCAGGAGAACGAGCGCUCGCUGCUGAGCAUGGAGUACCAGGGCAUUCGCGCAUGCCUGACCAUGGACGAUAUCAGCGAGGAGGGCGACAAUCUCAUCCGCUCGGCAACACAGAAGGAGGCGCACAUGCUGCUGCGCUCCAUGUUCUCCUCCCUCGUCAGGAAGGAGCUGGCAUCAGAGCGCACUCGUGUGCGUGUGCGGCAGCUGGAGUUGGAGGCGGAGGCGAAGAACGCCAUCCUGCACAGCCUUGCCACAGCGCCGCUCACACCCGCGCAGCAACACCAGUCAGCGUCUUCACGGUUCCAGCAGCGGCAGCGGUCCCGACAGCAUAUGGUGUCGCCAAAUGCAUCGCCGUCGAAGAUGCCGACGCGGCGGGCAGAGCGCCAGCGAUCGCGCACGUCAAGCACAAUCACCACCCCGCUAGCAGCAGCUGCUGCUGCAUCAUCAUCAACUACAUCAACGCUGGCCCGCCAACAGCAAUACAAUCAGCAGCAGCAGCAGCAGCAGCAGCAGCAGCAGCAACAACAGCGCGCGACAAAUGGACCGCGUGGGACGCGAAGUGGCGGUACGACGUCGCCGACAUCGCUGUCAACAUCCGAAGGAAACCGCCCCCGCAGCCGCACAUUCACGGCAGAGACGAGCGCCAUGUCCGUGUCCGCAGAUGCCCGGAUGUCAGGCGACAGCAAAUCGCAGCUGCCGCAGCACAAGGAGAAGGAUGAGGGGAAGGACGAGAAGAAGACCGCUGGCGGUGAUGGGGACGACGGGGAGCGGCGCAGGGCGUCCUCGUCAUCGUCCGCAUCGUCGCGCCUUCGUACUAUGCGCAAGCGCAUCGUGUCUGCACUUGAGAAGACCCCGCAUUACAGCCGCAGCACAGAGGCCGUGGAGAACAAGCGGCGCACAGAGCGGGAGUUCAGCGGCCUGCCGAUGACGCUUCGCAUGGCACGGCGACCCCGCCGCAAGCCAACCACCGUAGUCACCGAGAUUGUGGAGGAGAAGCAGUCGCCAGGGACGCGCCCCACGGUGCUGCGAAACACGCACACCAUCACGGGCCACGAGGAUCAGGUGUUGUGCUUGGCGGCCUGCGGCAACAAGCUUGUGACCGGGUCAAAGGACCGCACGGCGCGCGUGUGGGAUUUGGAGGUCGGCGCAUUGCAACAGACGCUUGCAGGGCACGAGGCGCCCGUGAGAACGCUGGCGUGUCUGGACACGCACUUCCUGACCGUGUGCCGGAACGUGGUGCGGGUGUGGGAUGUGCGCACGUGUGAGGACAUGGAUCGCUUCACGGUGAAGAAGGACACAAUCCAGGAUAUCCAGGUCAGCCCUGAUGGCACGUACCUGUUUGCCGCCUCCAACCGCUCGCUCCGCAUCUGGGACCUGCGCAUGAAGCGCGAGGUGAAGAACUUUGCGCACCGAGGAAAGAUUGAGACGCUUCGCCUGAACGACGACGGCACCCGUCUGGCCCUCACCACCAUUGACCACAAGGUCCGCGUCUUCGACGUCCCCGAUCUUCCCGGCGGCACUCUCACAUACCAGGCGCUCGAGCCGCCACACUACGACCGCGUGCAUGCGCUGACAUUCGCUGGCGAACACAUCUUCAGUGGCUCCGACGACUGCAGCAUCAAGAAGUGGUCGAUGAAUGAUGUUGGCUGGGUGAACCGGCAGACGACCACGGGUGCCCACAGCAGCACCGCCGUCUCUGCCCUCUGCGCCCUCCCUGGCAACCAGUUCCUCGCCAGCGGCUCUGCAAAGGGCGGUAUGAAGGUGUGGCGGGCGGACCGGCUGUCUGCGGUUGAGGACCACGGCCGCCACGACGACGCAAUCACGGCGCUGCUCUGCCACAACGACUCCCUCUUCUCCGCAUCCGCAGACAAGACCGUCAAGGUCUGGGGCCUCAACAUGCCAUCUGUAUCUGAUUUGGCGGCGCCGGGCGAUGCAAACGCAACAUUUGAUAUCGCUGCAAGCAGAGGCGACGGCAACUGUGACGACGACGAGGAGGAGGAGCCCACGCUGAACGAGACGCGACCUGUCACGCCAACCAUGGAGGAUGUGCCGACGAUCGACACUCCAACGGCAGCGUCCGAUGGCGCAAGCUUGAGCAGUGGCACGUUUGAUGCACUCAUGCCAAUGCGAGCACAGCAACAGCAGCAACGACAGCAAGGAGAAACGAACACGCGUCCGGACGCUAGCGACACCAAUGCUGUGUCGCAACGCAUUCUCAAGCAUUCUCGCUAUCAAGUUGAACUGUAGAUAAUUUAUGCGUACAUGCCGGCUAUUCAUGUGCGUGUGAUAUUCACACUUGUGUGUGUGUGUGUUGCAUGCUUUACUUUCACGCGAACCUGCGGCCUUUGUUUGCACGCACAGUCGUUCUUGUCUUCAUUCUACCAUUCUGCUUGACUUCACAUCCAUGUUGAUAGGCGAGUUUCACCCUUUUCACCACACAUGCACGACAAGUUCUCUCUUCCCCUCAGCACCCCUUUUGUUUGGUUCAUUGAGCGUCAUGGCGAAGAAGUUUAAACAAGAAAGCUUUGCCCAAGAACGUUCUCACCCGUGUUUUAAAAGACAAAGGGAAAGGCGACUGAAG